GCGAGCGCGCACAUUGGCUUGACAUUCCCCUCCCACGCGCCGGGCGUCCUUUAAAUGCUCGCGCUGCGCUUUAAAUAGCAGGUGUGAGAAACUGUGUCCCUGCAUACACCCCUCCGACACCACCACCAUCAUCAUCAUCGCCAUCAUCGCCGCAAUGUCCACCGCCAGCGCCGAGACUACCGCGCAGCUGCCGCCAGCCGCGGGCAGGGUGUUCUUUCAGCCCGGCGUGGGCUGCGCCGGCUCCGGACCGAUACAGCGCGACGACCCGGUGCAGAAAAAACAGGGCAAAGUGACGGUGAAGUACGACAGAAAAGAGCUGCGGAAGAGACUCAUACUGGAGGAGUGGAUCAUUGAACAGCUGAGCGAACUUUACGACUGCGAGGAAGAGGAAAUGCCAGAGUUGGAGAUAGACAUUGAUGAUCUCCUGGAGGUGAACAGUGAAGACGAGAGAGCCGUAAAACUACAGGAAUCACUGUCAGACUGCUACAAGCCCACUGAUGACUUUGUGCGCGAGCUCCUCGGCAGGAUAAGAGGAAUGAGAAAACUCAGUGCUCCGCAGAAGAAAAGCUUUUAAGUGCUCGACAGUGCCAACGACAGUCCAGCUAUAUGGACUACAGGUCCCACAAUCCAUCACUCAGCGUAGAGUCGACCUCAUACAGCCCUCAAGGACUCCCUAUCCCAGGAUUCAUGACUGGCCCAGAAUCAAUAUACUAGAGUUCAUUUUCCAAGGACCCUGACUUUGUUCAGUACAGCUAAAUUGAGUCAUCCAUUUCCCAUAGAUCACACAAUAAAUCCAAGAGUGCAAAGUUCAUCCAGGACGCAAUCAAACAAUCUCAGCAGCUGCGUGGGACGGUCUGAUGUUCCUGUCCUCAACCUCUCAAUGGGUCAAUUAUUACACUGUUUGGUGCAGUAUUACAGCUAUUUUUAUGAACAAAGCUAUUUUAUAUAGCCUAUUGAAUUAUUAUUUUUUUCUUCUUCCCAAAUUACUGUCUUUAGUCUUUUUCCAAUCAUCUGAUCCUGGAUCAGCAGUGAUAUUCACCAAUAUCUGUCCAGUUAAAUUUCAUAAAUUUGCACAACAGUCAUUCUUCCCUAGAAUCUGUACUUCAGCAAAGCAUAAUGGAAUAUUUAGGGUCAUGAAUAAUAAUUGGCCAGAAUACAUAUCAGUCUGUCAUAUGACCAUUAUAAUUCAGUUGUUUUUUUGUUGUUGUUUUUUUUCAUAACCAUGAUUGUGGUAUGAUAAAAGUUCAAAGAUUUUGGGUGGGAUGUGAUGACAGCAAGUAAAGAAAUAAGGCUAUAUUCGGAAUUAAAGGAAUAGUUCACCCAAAAGGGAAAAUUUUCUUAAAAUGUACUCAUCCUCAGGCCAUCCAAGACUGAUUCUUCAUCAGGUUUAGAGAAAUCUAGCAUCACAUCAUUUGCUCACCAAUGGAUCCUCUGCAGUGAAUGGGUGCCGUCAGAAUAAGAAUCCAAACAGCUAAUAAAAACUGUGUUUGUAUGAAACAAAUCCAUCAAAAUGUUUUGACUUCAAACCAUUGCUUCUGGCUAAAAUACGAGUCCAUAAUCCAUAAUGAUGUUUGCUAUCAGCUGUUUGGACUCGUUCUGACGGCACCCAUUCACUGCAAAGGAUCCAUUGGUGAGCAAGUGAUGUGAUGCUACAUUUCUCCAAAUCUGUUCUGGUGCAGAAACAAACCCAUGUACACCUUUGGCGGCCUAAGUGUGAAUAAAAUUUCAGCUAUUUUUAUUUAUUUAUUUUUUUUUGGGUGCACUAUUCCUUUAAAUACUAGUAUACCAUUUACUGUGCAGUACACACUAAAUAUAGAGUUGUAGAAAAUGUAAAGUUGAGUGCAUUGCAUUGUGGAAUAUAAUAUUCUAAACUAUACACUGCAUAUUUUGGCAAAUGCAUUAAUGUAAUGUAGCAUACAUACUGUAUACUGCUGAAUUAGUAGCUGAGCGUAGUAUACUAGUAUUGCGAACAUAGCCUGAGUUUUGAAUACUUCUAUAAGUCAACAAGGGCUGCAUGAGAGUAUAGCUUAUUAACAGACAUACUGUGAUGAUGGUAAGUGUUCGUCUAAUGAUCAAGCUGGAUGAUAGUUUGACCCAAGCCAUUAUUGAAAGCACGUAAAUCAUUCAAAUCUAGGCUUUUAUCUCCUUUUCCUCAUACGAUUUUACAUGGAGGCUGCCAAAGAAUAUAAAAUGGCUGAAUAUUAGCAUAUUAUAAAGUGCUAUUGGUGUAAAUUGGUACAUGUAUAUUAUGUUUCGCUAUAAAGAACAUUUAAUCUUCGUGUCAUUCGGUGUCAUACUCAUGGGUCAGAUUUGUGUUUGAUGGUGUAAGUUAUAACAUGGAAUCCAGGGGAAAAACUAUGGUGCUGUUUAAACUUUUAACCCUCUACAGCGUGGAUGGACGAUGUGUUUUGCAGGCCGAGAGAAAAAGGACAAAAAUAAACAGAGAUUCACUCUUGACUCUGGAUGAAUCUUCUGUUCCGCUGUCCAUUUCUGUCGGCCUGCAUCUAAAUAUCGUUAUGGAUUUUAAGAAGUUUGCGUGUUUUCAAGUAUGUUUUGACCCUUCUCUCAGAGAAGAACAUUCAGGGUUUAGGCUGAUCUCUUUUUUUUUUUUUUUUUAUUUACUUUGUUUUGUUUCUAAAAUGUAAAAGAUGUAUUUGAGUGUACGAAAGCUUUAUUUAUGCAUGUUUUAUUGGCAUGAUAGGACCGUUUUGGAUCGCUUAAGCGAUGAUUUGUCUUUUUAUACAUUAUAACCAGUAUUACUCUUAUAAAUAUUAAAUUCACAACUUUGUAUUAAUUUUUAUUGACUAUAACUGCGUUUUGGGUGUUUUAAAUUGUUUGUUUUGUUUGUUUGUUUUUUAGAUAUAUGUAAAGUGUGAUCUUUUGUGCUGUUCUA